AGGGAUCAGAACGAGACGAGACAAUAUACAAGAAAGUAGCAGUGGUGGAGAACUUCUUCGACAUUAUAUACAAUGUUCACGUGGAAAUGGACGGCAGAUCAGGUCGACACGCAGGACAGAAGCGCACGUAUAAAGCGGUGGCAGAGAUGUACGCAUUCCUACCCCGGGAAGCAGUGACUCGUUUUUUGAUGUCCUGUUCCGACUGCCAGAAGCGAAUGCAUCUCCAGAGCACCAAUGGAUGCGCUAAUGGACUCAAUAGCGCCGGCAGUAAAACCAACUCUAAAAGUGCUCUGCGAAAGAGUCUCCUUCACGACCAUUCAGCUGAUGGUCAGCCAAAGACAGCACUCGAUAUCGACUACUCAUUGCCGUUAACGACAACAAUAAAGCGUAUGAGAAAUGCGGGCUUUGUUUAUAAUGUGAUGGGAGACUCACUUAUUGCGCCGACAGCAGCCUGUCUUGGCUUUGAUGGCCAGGAGGUCGACGAUGAAAUGAUAUCGGAGACAGAGACCGGCGCAUCUGAUGCUGACAUUAGUGCACACAAUGGGGAUCAGACCACUGCUGCAAACAGUGACGCGAAUGGUAGCGCCGGCUGUAAAGGCAAUCACAGCCAUAACCAUAACCACAGCCAUAGCCAUAGCGCUCACGGAUUCGCCGAUCGUUGGAAUCCUAACGGAAAGAGAGUCUUAAACGAAGACGAAGAGGAGGACGACGACGAGGAUAAUGAUCUGCCGCUCGGCGACAGACUAUUGUCGGAGCAAAGCAGUGGCGCUUACGAUCCCGAGAGACUCAAGGCUUUCAAUAUGUUUGUGCGGCUAUUCGUUGACGAAAAUCUAGACCGAAUGGUUCCCAUCUCUCGUCAGCCCAAAGAGAAAAUACAGGCUAUUAUCGAGAGCUGCGGCCGACAGUUCCCUGAGUUCAGCGAAAGGGCCCGAAAGCGUAUCAGAACUUAUCUCAAGUCCUGUCGACGCACUAAACGACACAAAACAGCCCCUCCGGGCACUGAAGCCGGUCGCGCAUGGAGUGAAUCAUCCACUCCGACCCCAGCGACGAAGACCGGGCCCUCAUCUCAUGUGUCAUACCAUCUAACGUCGCCAAUGGCUGAACAAAUCCUGGCGACAGCCUGUGAUAAUGAAUGCCAAAACGCCAAAAGGAUGCGAAUGGGACUCAAACCUAUUUCUGUGAGCUUAGUAUCACUGGCGGACGUGGAGGUGGCGGUGGCUGCGGCCCCACAACUGUGGACAGAAGGGUUUCCGCUGUUCGACACUUCGUUCUGA